GGGAUCUGAUUGGUAGACAAAGCGGUGCGCUUGACAACCGAAGGGGCUGGGUAGCAGCAGUAGACAUUGAUUCGAGACCAGAAGACAACAGAGACUGGGGGAAAGCAAGACACAAACACAUAAUAGAUGUGCUUUGACAACUACACUUUCCAACCACAUAGAAUAACAAAAACUAAGGAGAGUGUUUUCAGCCCAUGUAUUUUUAGAUCAAGGUUCCUAUACUGACCCUGAGCCCCCUGUGUGUGUCAGCCCGUCGUCACCAUGACAGCGGAGGAGAUCAUCAAUGUGAAGGAGGUGGAGAUCAUCAAGGUGAUCUUGGACUUUCUCCACUCCAGGAAGUUGCACAUCAGCAUGCUGGCCUUGGAGAAAGAGAGCGGAGUUAUCAAUGGACUCUACUCCGACGACAUGCUCUUCCUCAGGCAACUGGUGUUGGAUGGGCAAUGGGAUGAGGUGCUUCAGUUUAUUCAGCCCCUCGAGUGCAUGGAGAAGUUUGACCGGAAAAGGUUCCGUUACAUCGUCCUUAAGCAGAAGUUUCUAGAAGCCCUGUGUGUAAACAAUGCCAUGUCAGCUGAGGACGAGCCACACCAUCUGGAGUUCACCAUGCAGGAAGCCGUGAAGUGUCUCCAUGCCCUGGAGGACUUCUGUCCCUCUAAGGAAGACUACAGCAAGCUGUGCCUGCUCCUGACGCUGCCUCGCCUAACCAACCACGCCGAGUUCAAGGACUGGAACCCCAGCACAGCGCGGGUGCAGUGUUUUGAGGAGGCCUGCACCAUGGUGGCAGAGUUCAUCCCUGCUGACAGGAAGCUGAGUGAGGCAGGUUUCAAGGCCUCCGGGAACCGCCUCUUCCAGCUCCUCAUUAAAGGAGUUCUGUAUGAGUGCUGCGUCGAGUUCUGCCAGAGCAAGGCGACCGGCGAGGAGAUCACAGAGGGAGAGGUGCUCCUGGGGGUUGACAUGCUGUGUGGGAACGGCUGUGAUGACCUGGACCUCUCCUUACUGUCCUGGAUGCAGAACCUGUCCAACAGCGUCUUCUCCUGCGCCUUUGAGCAGAAGCUGCUCCAGAUACACGUGGACCGUCUGGUGAAACCUGCCAAGACCAGUUACUCCGAUCUCCUCACCCCGCUCAUCAGCAAGCUGUCCCCCUACCCCUCCUCGCCCCUCCGCCGCCCCCAGUCCGCUGACACCUACAUGUCCCGUUCCCUCAACCCGGCCCUGGACGGACUGGCCUACGGGCUCUCUGGCCAGGAGAAGCGGGGCCCAGGGGGCGACAUGGCGGGGGGGAAGGGUGUGUCCCCCAUGUCUCACUCCUUUGCUAACUUUCACAGCGGGGGCCAGAGCCUGAGCAGGAGUCUGAUGAUGGAGAGCUCAGACUGUCACAGCAUCUUUGAGGAAUCCCCUGAGAGCUCCAGGACUGACACGCCUGUGGAUAAAAUGAUGAGUUCAGGUACCCUGCGGCCCACCUCAGCCCCUGGAGAGGAGGCCCCGUCACCAGGCUCCUCAGAGAGAAACGAGCUUCGGGACUCGACAGAGAAGUUUGAGGAGUUCUACCGGCAGCGUCUGAGGGUCCAGCAGCACCUGGAACAGAAGCAGCAUCAGAGACAGUUGUACCAGCAGAUGCUCCUGGAGGGAGGAGUCCAGCACAGUGAGCAGCCAGCCGCUGGGGCAGAAUCCAUGCAGCACAGCCUCACGGAGAAGUUCCUCAACAGGUCUAUUCAGAAGCUGGAGGAGUUGAACGUGGGGAUGGAGAGUCUCGGUGAUGAAGUCCAGUCUCUGGCCCAGCAGUGCAACGGCACAGGCCCAACCCUGGAAAAGAGCCACGUUGACCCUGCCAUGACCCCUGAGCAGGGUCAUCACCAAGGAGGAGGCGUGACCAGCAGCACACCACAGCGCGGCGGGGCGGGUCGAGGGGCCCCGGCCCUUAACGAGUCCCCUGUGGUCUCUCACAGUCCUCAGAAAGUAGCUGGACAACCCUCUGGAUUAGACGAUUCGCCAGGAGCCCUGACACGGAGUAAGGAGAGGGACAAAGCUAAGGCCCUGUUCGUUGCUGUGAACACCCUGGAGGACACUCAGGCAGUCCGCGCUGUUGCCUUCCACCCCACGGGGGCGCUAUACGCCGUCGGCUCCAACUCCAAGACUCUACGCGUGUGUGCCUACCCAGACACACCUCUGGACACCAGUGGGGUGUGCGGUAUGACCAAGCAGCCAGAGGUUCGUUUUAAGAGGAAUAAGCACCAUAAGGGCUCUAUCUACUGUGUGGCCUGGAGUCACUGUGGAAAGCUGCUGGCCACCGGCUCCAAUGACAAGUAUGUCAAGGUCCUGCCCUUCAGCGCUGAAACCUGCAACGCCACAGGUCCAGACCUGGAGUUCAGUAUGCAUGAUGGGACCAUCAGAGACCUGGCCUUCAUGGAGGGACCAGAGAGUGGAGGGGCCAUUCUGAUCAGCGCCGGCGCGGGGGACUGUAACAUCUACACCACAGACUGUCAGAGAGGACAGGGCCUCCACGCUCUGAGUGGGCACACAGGUCAUAUCCUGUCUCUGUUCACAUGGGGAGGGUGGAUGAUAGCGUCAGGCUCCCAGGACAAGACUGUGCGUUUCUGGGACCUCCGUGUGCCCAGCUGUGUCCGCGUGGUGGGAACGGCCUUCCACGGAUCAGGCAGUCCUGUUGCCUCGGUUGCGGUGGACCCCAGCGGUCGUCUCCUAGCGACGGGCCAGGAGGACAGUGGCUGUAUGCUGUAUGACAUCCGAGGGGGGCGUGUCGUGCAGACAUACCGGCCUCACUCCAGCGACGUACGCUCGGUCAGGUUCUCGCCGGGGGCACACUAUCUGCUCACUGGUUCCUAUGACACCAAGGUCAUGAUCAGCAACCUGCAAGGUGACCUGACCAAGCCCCUCCCCCUGACCCUGGUGGGGGAACACGGGGACAAGGUGAUCCAGUGCAGGUGGCACACACACGACCUCUCCUUCCUGUCCUCCUCCGCUGACCGCACCGUUACACUCUGGACACACAACCCCUAACACACACACUCCGUGCAACCUCUAAUACGCACAACCCUCAAAAGUACACAGCUCUGAACACACAAAACCUGUGAACACACACACACACACACACACACACACACAACCCCAAGUGGAUGUUCAUAAGUCAAAAUACACUUGACUGACAACAAACAGGCCUGUUUAUCCCUCUGGAGUGACAUCUGUACUCUGGCUGUUGGGAUCUUUCUGCUGUUUAGGUUCUGCUCCCAUGAACAUCACGGCUUCUGUGAGAAAUAGGCCCGUUGGUUAGUGUUUUUCAGUAGAAGUGUCUGUGUGAAGAAGUACACCAUCGGACCAUUCAUUCCCUGUGCUUUUUCACACCAUUCCUCCACGUAUGACUCAUUACCCAUUUCCACAAACGACAGCCCUGUCCCUACAUUCACCAUCUACUCCUUUACAUUUAGAAUAGGAUGGAGAAUAAGACGUUUCGCUUCAGUGCAUUGUUUCAUAUGGUGCCUUGAGUUAUUCGGUUUCCACAAGAAAGCUUUAUAAAUACAGGAACCCACACAGGUCCUCUCCAUUUCAGAUCAGAAGAUGAGCCGCAACAUCAUUCGAGAACAAAUGUACAUUCCUCAUUCGUUUUGCACAGUGUUUUUGUUACACUCUGGUAACUAUGCUGCUAUUAUUUGAGAAGAAACCAAGAUGGUUGUUGUGACCUAAGACGCUAACAGCAUGUCAGUGUGUGUUUCAGUAUAUCAGGUGCUCCUUGUGGGAUAUCUACUGUCGACUGGGAUUGAUUGAUCAAUAAUCCAUCAAUUGAUUAUCUGUUGUCAAUACCAUUAUUAAACCAAUACAGUGGGACUGUCCGAUGUCUUACGUUACUGUGCAAGUCUACUGCCUUUAGGCUUUGUAAAUAUUUGAGACAAAUGUAAAUUAGCUUUUAUGUUUUUAAUGUCGACUCAGUGUUUGGCCCAAGGCUUUCUUCAGGCAGUUGUUAAGGUGUUAAUGGCUUGCAAAUAUAAAUCAAAGACUUGUUUUAUUUUGACAUGGAAGGGAAUCACAGAUCUUCUUUUUGGCUUGGCCAGAUUUAGCAUACUGUUUUAAGUUGUAAGCAGCACCACUGUAGUAAAGAUUUACUUGAAUCAGUAAUGUGGCUGAUUGCUAAUGUUAAUUAGAUAGCCGUCUCUGAUAAUUUUAAUAAGGGAGUAUCUUAUGCACCAUGAUAUCUUAGAAAAAGCAUGGCAUUGUUUGUCCUAUGACAUUAUGGACCUGUAAUAAGUUUUGUUGAUUUCGUUACUUUCACUUUCAGUAUUUUGCACUUGGUCACUAAACAAUUAACUUUGUCCUAUCAAGAUGCCGGCUUGAGUUUUAGACUUUGCUCUUUGUGUACAGUGUUUUUGUUUUAAAGUAAGGCCAAACUAAUAGCUGUAUUUAUUUAUCAUUUAUAUUUUAUUGUAAUAUAUAGUCAUACUUUUCUGUUGGUUUGAAUUUAGUGGUUCUGGUAUGUAGUUUUUCUAAAAAUUGUUUUUAAAAGAGAGAGCAUAUGGAAGUGUAAUUGCUGCUGUGAUAUCUAAAUAAAAGCCUCUUUGACACUUCA